CCUCUCUUCAGCUUCCUCUAAUUGUAGUUUCAUUUCCUAUUCUCUCUCUCUCUCUCUCUAACAGAGGUUGAUAGUUGAAAGCGGUAGAGAGAGACAAUGAGCAACAUAAGCAUGGUGGAGGCAAGGUUGCCUCCAGGGUUUAGAUUCCAUCCAAAAGAUGAAGAACUUGUGUGUGAUUACUUGAUGAAAAAGCUCACCGCUCAAUCUCAGUCUCUUCUUCUCAUAGAAGUUGAUCUCAACAAAUGUGAACCUUGGGAUCUUCCUGAAACGGCACGUGUGGGAGGAAAAGACUGGUAUUUUUACAGCCAAAGAGACAGAAAAUAUGCUACAGGAUUAAGAACAAAUAGGGCAACAGCAAGUGGCUACUGGAAGGCAACUGGAAAGGAUAGAGCUAUCCUUAGGAAGGGCACCCUUGUUGGGAUGAGGAAGACUUUAGUCUUUUACAAGGGCAGAGCUCCUAAAGGAAGAAAAACUGAUUGGGUCAUGCAUGAAUUUCGUCUUGAGUCCCCCCUUGCUUCCCACAGCAUUUCUUCUCCUAAGGAGGAUUGGGUUUUGUGUAGAGUGUUCUACAAAAAUAGAGAAGUUGGUGCAAAACCAAGCAUGGGAAGCUGCAGCUAUGAGGAAAACACAGGCUGUCCAUCUCUUCCACCAUUAAUGGAUUCUUACAUCACUUUUGACCAAACUCAACCCAACCUAGAUGACUAUGAGCAAGUGUCCUGCUUCUCCAUUUUCUCUCCAAACCAAUCCAACCUAAUUUUCCCACACAUCACUCAAAUGGAUUCCAACAUGAUACCCACAAAAACCACAGCUGCAUUUGGACAAAUUCCUAUUACUAGUAGUAGUACUUGUCCUAAUUUAGACACUUUCUCUUGUGACAAAAAGGUAAUUAAAGCUGUUCUGAAUCACUUUAGUGAGAUGGAAAGCAAUCCUAACAUUCAUGGAUCUCCUAGCUUAGCAGAAGGAAGUUCAGAGAGCUACUUGUCUGAAGUGGGUAUGUCAAACAUAUGGAAUGAUCAUUAUUGAUUUUUUUGUGGCUUUCCAUGUAUUUGAUUUUACUAGGUAUAUGUCCCAUUUAGGAAAAUCCCAAAACCCAAAAAGAAAAAAAAAAGGAUGAAGGAAAAAGAAAAAAAAAAAAGAAGAAGAAAGAAAGAAGAUUGUCCAACAACUUUGGAAGAAAUUGUCUUUCAUGUAAAGAAAUUUAUAGCUAGAAAGACAUAUAUGCAUGCAUCUUCCAUUGUUAGCUUGAUGCGUAUAUUUUCUUUAUGGGGUGGGAUAUGUGAUCUGCUUUUGACUGUACCUUCUGAAAUAUUGGCUGAAAUGAAAAUUUGUUAAAAUUUUAUUUUAUUUUA